AUGGCGCCAAAGCUCAACGACCCCUCCCUCUUCAAGACGGACGUCUGCUACGUCAACGGCGAAUGGGUGAAGGCCGGAUCGGGCAAGACCUUCGAAGUACACGAUCCCGCCACCGGCAAGCUCAUCGGGACCUGUCCCGAAUUCACAGCCAAGGACACCGAUAAUGCCAUCGCAGCCGCCGCCACCGCAUUUCGCGAGUUCCGCACCAAGACCGGUCGCGAACGGUCCAAGCUGCUGCGCAAGUGGUACGACCUGAUGAUGGAGAACUCGGACGACCUGGCUACACUGAUCACCUUGGAGAACGGAAAGCCCUUGGCCGAUGCGAAGGGUGAGGUCAACUAUGCUGCCAGCUUUUUCGAGUGGUUCAGCGAGGAGGCGCCACGGGUAUACGGCGACACGAUACCUGCGGGAGUACCAGGGAACAGAGUAGUCACCAUCAAAGAGCCCGUCGGUGUAUGCGGUCUGAUCACCCCGUGGAACUUUCCCGCUGCCAUGAUCACCCGCAAGAUUGGCCCAGCGCUGGCCGCCGGCUGCACGACCGUAUGCAAGGCGCCUGGCGAGACACCAUUUACGUCUCUGGCCAUUGCCGAGCUUGCGCACCGGGCUGGAAUUCCCAAGGGCGUUGUGAAUGUUGUCACGACUCUCAACAACACCCCCGAAAUUGGAGAGACCCUGACGACGCACCCUGCCGUACAGAAGGUGUCUUUCACCGGUUCGACGGGUGUGGGCAAGCUUCUGAUGAAGCAGGCUUCUUCAACACUGAAGAUUCUGUCUAUGGAGCUGGGAGGCAAUGCGCCAUUCAUCGUGUUCGAUGAUGCCGAUAUCGAUACAGCAGUCGCUGGCGCUAUUGCCUCCAAGUUCCGCUCAUCUGGACAAACUUGUGUAUGCGCCAACCGCAUCUACGUCCAGAAGGGCAUCUAUGAUGAGUUUGCCGAGAAGUUUGCCGAGAAGGUCAGGGCCUUCAAGGUCGGUAACGGUUUUGAAGAGGGCAUUACCCACGGACCUCUGAUACAUGACCGGGCAACUUCCAAGGUUGAUGAUCACGUCAAGGAUGCGGAGAAGAAGGGUGGAAAGGUGGUUGUAGGUGGACAGAAGAUGCCAGACCUAGGGUCAAACUUCUACCAACCUACCGUCAUCACCGGUAUGACGAAGGACAUGGCCAUUGCCUCUGAAGAGACGUUCGGGCCCGUGGCAGGUCUAUUCCCCUUCGACACCGAGAAAGAGGUUGUGGAUCUCGCAAAUGCUGCGGAAGUUGGACUUGCGGGUUACUUCUUCUCACGAGAUCUGGAGAGAAUUACCCGGGUGGCCGAAGCUUUGGAGGUUGGUAUGAUUGGUGUUAACACGGGUCUCAUCUCUGAUCCGGCUGCGCCAUUCGGUGGUGUCAAGCAAUCUGGUUUCGGCAGGGAAGGAUCCAAGUACGGAAUUGAGGAGUACCAAAACAUCAAGACCAUCACAUAUGGAGGCAUGGGAAAGCCAAUGCAAGGAAGCUGA